CACUGAUUUCCUCCUGGUGUUGCUCCGGAGGGGCGAGGCCUCUUCUCCCAACUUCGGGAGAAAAGUAUAGAAUUCCAUUUCCGCUUUUGGGAGUGGACUGUGAUUUUUUUCUCACCUUUCCGUCACUUCCAACUACUUUCAUUUCCACGUCAACUCGGAAAGUUUUAACUCAACAGUGGAAUAAAGUUUUCUCCGACAAUGGCUUCCUCUCCUCAAAAGUCGCCGUCUUCUCCCAAAUCCCCGACGACGCCUAAAUCCCCUUCUUCCAGAAAGAAAGAUGACUCUUUCCUGGGAAAACUUGGUGGGACUCUGGCAAGGAGAAAGAAAGCUAAAGAAGUGUCUGAGCUUCAGGAAGAAGGGAUAAAUGCCAUCAACCUCCCUCUCAGUCCGACCUACUAUGAGCUGGACCCUGAGGACACCAUGCUAGAGGAGAAUGAGGUGAGGACCAUGGUGGAUCCAAACUCCAAGAACGACCGCAAACUGCAGGAGCUCAUGAAGGUGUUGAUUGACUGGAUAAAUGAUGUUCUUGUUGGGGAGAGGAUUAUUGUGAAGGAUCUGGCUGAAGAUCUCUAUGAUGGACAGGUGCUUCAGAAACUCUUUGAAAAGCUGGAAGGUGAGAAACUCAAUGUGGCAGAGGUGACACAGUCAGAGAUUGCCCAGAAACAGAAGCUGCAGACUGUUUUAGAACGCAUCAACGACUCACUCAAACUCUCCACCAGGAGCAUACGCUGGAAUGUUGACUCGGUUCAUGCGAAGAGCAUAGUCGCCAUUCUUCACCUGCUGGUGGCGUUGUCACAACACUUCAGAGCACCAAUCAGAUUGCCAGACCAUGUUUCCAUUCACGUAGUCGUGGUCCAGAAAAGAGAGGGCAUCCUCCAAUCCAAACAAAUUCAAGAAGAAAUCACUGGCAACACAGAGGCUUUCUCUGGACGACAUGAGCGCGAUGCUUUCGACACCCUGUUCGACCACGCGCCAGAUAAACUCAACGUUGUCAAAAAGACACUGAUCACGUUUGUGAACAAACACUUGAACAAGCUCAACUUAGAGGUGUCAGAAUUGGAAACACAGUUUGCAGAUGGUGUUUAUCUGGUGUUGCUGAUGGGGCUGCUGGAGGGAUACUUUGUGCCACUCUACAACUUCUUUCUCACACCUGAAAAUUUCGACCAAAAGGUACAUAAUGUGUCCUUCUCCUUCGAGCUGAUGCAGGAUGGAGGUCUGGAGCGACCAAAGCCAAGGCCAGAGGAUAUAGUGAACUGUGACCUUAAGUCAACCCUGCGUGUCCUCUACAACCUCUUCACCAGGUACAGGAAUGUAGACUGAGGACACAAUCAGCAAGAGAGAUGCUUUUUUUUUCCUUUUUAACCAUGGACCACACUCUUAAAGCUUAAAAAAUAUCAUAUUUUUCAUCUUUGAAUUUGAGGAUUAUACUUCUUAGGGCAUACUCACACUAGGCCGAUCGUACAGUACGUUUGACUUGUGUGAACGCACUGAUGCGUCCAGGCGCUCGUUUGGCCACCAUUCCUUGCACAUCCAUAGAAUGACUACAAUGUGAUCACUCUAUGCAGAUUUUUAACCAACACACUUCAUAGUGCUUACGCCCUAAAUCCAAAGUCACUUGGCAUUGGGAUUCAGACCUCUGGACACAAUUUAAAAUAUGUGUUAAACAUCCUGAGCAAUGGCUAAUUCUCUAUAAAUAUAUUAUUGUUGGACGUAUAAAAAUUUCACAUUGUAUUUAUUGUACAUUUUGAUACACAAGUGCCUGUUUUGUUUCCACUUCUAAUACUUGAUAAUGGGAUGAACACAUUCCAAGAUUUUAACUUCAGAAAUGAAACUUUGCAUAUACAGUCGUUGGAUUUGACUGAAGUUCACUUGCGUCAAGGCCUCUUUACUACAAAGCAGUUGCUUAAAACAUCUUUCUGACUGCUUCCAGACUAGUGAUAAUCGGCCUGGCAUUUUGACACAAAUCAGCAUCUGCCUUGUUUUUAAAGUUGACGACCAAGAGAGAUCAAUAUAAACUCUUUGUAAGUUUUGCCUUUGGCUGCUUGCAAACAUCCAAGAGUUAACAAAGCACCUGCAAAUUUAAUCCGUUAGUUUAGGUCGUUUUUAGACUCAUGUUACUAUUAAGCUUAUGUGGACCACAGCAAUAACACCCUCGAAAUAAGAUGGUCUCGAUCCAAUCACAAAUAAUGCUGAAGACAUUUGAUUGUGAGAACAAGGCCUGAUGAUAAUCUGGCCAUAAUUUCAUGUUUCUCAAGCAACAUAGUGAUUGAAUUUGUAAUACAGGGUCAGGCAAAAUGAUCUGACACAUUUGUAGGUUAAAUAAAAGACAAAUAAAGUAAAGAAACAAGAAAGUGUUUUUAUUUUCGAAAAGUACAUAUAAUGCCAUUCUGUUUCAUUUAUGUUUUAAAAAUUAAAUCAGUGAAAUGGGAUCCAUUAUUGUCCACACACUCAAUGCAGAUCCAGUAGCUCUGAAGUUGGUAACCCAUAACAAGAUGGUGUUUCGAGCUGGUACGGGAUCAUGUCUACCAAGAUUGAAGUGCAAACGGAACGCUCGUUGUGUUGCAGUUGCAGAUUCGUUUGUUUUGAUAAACGUUUCCACAAUGAAAGCGCGAUGCUCACCAGGCCAAUUCAUGGCAGCACCUGAAAAAGAAACGAAAACCAAUGGCAUUAUAAAGAAACAAAGCAAAAUGGCAUUAUAUGAAUAAAAUGGCAUUAUAUGUACUUUUCGAAAAUAAAAACACUUUUUUGUUUCUUUACUUUAUUUGCCUUUUAUUUAACCUACAAAUCUGUCAGAUCAUUUUGCCUGACCCUGUAUAUGUUAAGAUAAAGAUGGUAUGGGCAAGGUAACUAUCAAUGCUGCCCACAUGCUAUCUAUGAUGUAUCUACUGUAUUUAUGUAUUAAUCUACGGCAUUUAAUAAAUACUUUAAUCCCAGAUAGCAGCUGCAUCUUGUCU